AUGGCAGUUCACCUUUUCGGUGCCAGCUCCUCUCCAGGAUGUGCCAAUUUCGGCCUUAAGUAUCUUGCACGACAACACAAGUCAGAACAUCCCUCAGCAUCAGCCUUCAUCGAGAAGAAUUUUUAUGUCGACGACGGCCUAACUAGCGUUCCAACAGUCAGCGAAGCUUCGAAUCUAAUCCUCGAAACUCAAGGAUUAUGUAAAAAUGCCGGCCUACGACUGCAUAAGUUCAACUCUAAUAAAAGGGACGUCCUGUCCUGUAUUGCUCCGUCAGAAAGAGCAACAACUAGUGUACCUGUCAAACUUAGCCCAGACUCAACAACAGAAGGACAAGUACUUGGCAUUCAGUGGUCAAUUGAAAACGACACCUUCAGUUUCAGUGCUGACAUAAAGCAUCAACCCUCAACUCGUCGUGGUAUCCUGUCAGUCGUAGCCUCCCUUUAUGAUCCUCUAGGCUUCAUAGCCCCCUUCAUACUGAGUGGCAAGUGCAUUCUCCAAGAGCUUUGCCGCAGAGGCAUCAGUUGGGAUGAAGCACUUCCUGAGAGCUUAUGUCCACGGUGGGAGGCUUGGAAGAGUAGUCUGCAAGCUUUAAGGGAAAUCAAGAUACCCAGAUGUUACCAUCCCCCAGACUUUGGUAACAGAAUGAAAGUGGAACUACACCACUUUUCCGAUGCCAGCAACAUAGGAUAUGGUGCCUGUUCGUACCUUAGGUACAAAAAUGACAGAGAUCAAGUCCAUUGCAGCUUCGUAAUGGCCAAGGCAAGAGUUGCACCAACGAAGAUUGUGAGCAUCCCAAGGCUUGAACUCUCAGCUGCCGUCACUGCAGCAAGGUUGAGUGUCAUGUUGAAGGCAGAACUUGAAAUAGAAGCUGACAAAGAGUUCUUCUGGACAGACUCCCAAGUAGUCUUAGCCUAUAUCAAUAACGAAGCAAGAAGGUUUCACGUGUUUGUAGCCAAUCGUGUUCAACUCAUAAGAGAGAUUACAGAUCCAACCCAGUGGCAUUAUGUGGAUACGACACAAAACCCAGCCGACCAUGCAUCCAGGGGUCUACAUGUAGCGGAUAUCUCCACCUCAAGUUGGUUAUCUGGGCCUAGUUUCCUUUGGAGAUCUGAAGUGCACGCAUCUUCAAGCUCUUCAGCAGAACUAAUUGUAGGCGACCCUGAAGUCAAACCUGUUACAACCCUUGCAUCACAAGCCAAUGAACAAACUGAUACUCUAAAUCGUCUGAGCAGGUUCUCCAGUUGGUCAAUGCUCAUUAAGGACCUGUAUGAAAAUCUGAUGUAG